AUUGUCAUGAGAUCUCUCGAAAAGUUCCUUGAAGUUGAAGUUGGAAUUUGCAAAGCGCCCCAGCUCCAUUUUUUCUUCCUUGCCUUCUCCUUGGUUCCUUUUAGCCUCUUCCCUGGCUCCCGCUCCAGUGUUUGGUUUUGCACGCUGCAGCGCGCCAGCUGUUGUGACGUCUUCUGGCUUGAUCCUGCAAGGGGCACAGCACGCUCCGGCAUCUGCAAUUGAAUCAGCAUGAGAGCUGUUGUGGUCGUCCAAAGUAAUCCCGGCUUUAUUUUCGCACACAGCAGUGGCCAGCGAGAGGGACCCGGUCAUCGACUUUUAAGCGGUGCUUCAUUGCCUGCCAAACAUGGGGGCCGUGGAACAAACAUAUGCUGCGCAUGUAGAAGGAAGCUGGUUGCCCCAGAUUCUUGGGAAGUGCUUCAAUUGCAGAGUCAUGGACGGGACAGGAGGCGGAAGCUAGCAGGUUUCUCAGCCCCUGUUGCAGAUAGGCGCUCGUUGAGAGGUGACAGCUGCAAAGUGCGUGCUAGAAUUGCUGAACCUACUGGAGAGCCUGCCCCGAUGGGGCAGAAAACGCAGUACAAGGACGGGCUGAUUGACCGGCUAGCGAUGAACCUUUUCAGGCGAAAGAUGCAGACUGUAACAGGAGCUCGCACAAAAGAGACAGGUUACGACGCCUUUGUCGACGUCAGCAAAGCCCUCAUGCGAGGCAAAUCUGCACAGGAGCAGCAGGCUGCUGUCUCGAGAGUCCUGCUGUCACUCAUUCCCCGCCACCUACCGUACAUAAUCAGGACCUUCUUCAAGCCAACCAGGCUGUCCCUUGAGCUGAACGCCCUGUUCACACCGUCCAUUUUUUCCUGGCUCGUGGGGCCUGCGGAGGUUGUCGAAGUCGAAGUCAACGGGGUCAAGCAGAAAACGGGAGUGAAAAUAAAGAAGUGCAGGUACUUAGAGGCCAGCGGGUGCGUCGGCAUGUGCGUGAAUGUAUGCAAGGUCCCGACGCAAGACUUCUUCACGAAAGAGUUCGGCCUCCCGCUGACAAUGAAUCCAAAUUUUGACGACAUGAGCUGCGAGAUGGUCUUCGGGCAGGUGCCGCCGCCCAUCGAGGAAGACAAGGCCUUCCAGCAGCCUUGCUUCGCCACCCUCUGCUCAAUGGCUGCUGACGAGAAGCCCAAGUGUCCCAAGUUACUGACAGCAGAGGACGGCUUACAACUCCGGAAAUGAAUGAUCGAGCGGGUUCGCUUUGAGAGUUUCUACGCGAGUUUCUAUGUUGACAUGCAGUUGAGAUGGAGGCGACCAUAAUAGAUUUUCGUUUGUUCCAAUUGAAGUGACGGGUAUUCAUUCUCUAUGAUCAAAUUGAGGUUAUGUGCAAUAUUUGCUCGUGUAUGAACUUAUUCAGUAGCCGAAAUGCUAAUCCUGGUAGUCCAACUCUGUAAAAUCUUGCCACCGUCGCACCUAGGUUGGACUCAAGCUCUUACCGGAACGUACUUUGUUGAUCAAGAAAUGCGUACUUAGGGGGUCAAAUUCUCAAGUUGUACAUGAUAUAUCUGCUGGCACCUAGCUAAUCAUGAA